CCUGUUCCUGGAGUCACGUGAUCCCGUCACAUGGUCCUCGGCCUCCGCUCGGCUCUUCUCACUCCUGCGGCUCUUCAGCGGCUCCUCAGCGGCUCCUCUGCAGCUUUCUCCCCCGGACCAUGGCCACUCUCGUCGCGAACCGAGGCAUGGACAGUCUCUCCGCGGCGUCCCGGACCCACACGCAGGCGGUGACCCGAAACUACAUCUCCCAGCCCCGGCUCACCUACUCCACCGUCUCCGGCGUGAACGGCCCUCUGGUCAUCCUGGACAAUGUGAAGUUCCCUCGUUACGCAGAGAUCGUGCACCUGACGCUCCCUGACGGGACCAAGAGGAGCGGGCAGGUGCUGGAGGUGAUCGGGAGCAAAGCCGUGGUGCAGGUGUUCGAGGGCACGUCUGGCAUCGAUGCAAAGAAAACGGCGUGUGAGUUCACGGGAGACAUCUUGAGGACUCCGGUGUCAGAGGACAUGCUCGGUCGAGUUUUUAACGGUUCUGGAAAACCCAUCGACCGAGGCCCCAGCGUCCUGGCCGAGGAUUAUCUGGACAUCAUGGGUCAGCCCAUAAACCCCCAGUGCAGGAUUUACCCCGAGGAGAUGAUCCAGACGGGCAUCUCCGCCAUCGACGGCAUGAACAGCAUCGCCCGAGGACAGAAGAUCCCCAUCUUCUCCGCCGCCGGACUCCCACACAACGAGAUCGCGGCGCAGAUUUGUCGUCAGGCCGGUCUGGUGCAGAAGUCCAAAGACGUGAUGGACUACAGCGCCGACAACUUCGCCAUCGUCUUCGCCGCCAUGGGGGUGAACAUGGAGACUGCACGUUUCUUCAAGUCCGACUUCGAGGAGAACGGUUCCAUGGACAACGUGUGUCUGUUCCUCAACCUGGCCAACGACCCCACGAUCGAGCGCAUCAUCACUCCGCGUCUGGCCCUCACCACGGCCGAGUAUCUGGCCUAUCAGUGUGAGAAGCACGUGCUGGUGAUUCUGACCGACAUGAGCUCGUACGCCGAGGCUCUGAGAGAGGUGUCUGCUGCUCGUGAGGAGGUUCCUGGGCGCAGAGGUUUCCCCGGGUACAUGUACACCGAUCUGGCCACGAUUUACGAGCGCGCCGGGCGAGUGGAGGGACGCAACGGCUCCAUCACCCAGAUCCCCAUCCUCACCAUGCCCAACGACGACAUCACUCACCCCAUUCCUGAUCUGACCGGGUACAUCACAGAGGGACAAGUCUAUGUGGACAGACAACUGCACAACAGACAGAUUUAUCCUCCCAUCAACGUUCUUCCGUCUCUGUCUCGUUUGAUGAAGUCGGCCAUCGGAGAAGGAAUGACCCGGAAAGACCACGCAGACGUCUCCAACCAACUGUACGCGUGUUAUGCGAUCGGUAAAGACGUCCAGGCCAUGAAGGCCGUGGUGGGGGAGGAGGCUCUGACCUCUGACGACCUUUUGUACCUGGAGUUUCUGCAGAAGUUUGAGAAGAACUUCAUCGCUCAGGGUCCGUACGAUAAUCGCACCGUGUACGAGACGCUGGACAUCGGCUGGCAGCUGCUGCGAAUCUUCCCCAAAGAAAUGCUGAAGAGGAUCCCACAGAGCACGCUCGCCGAGUUCUACCCCCGCGAGUCUGCGGCGCGUCACUGAGACCGCCGGCCCUGACCCCGCCCACCGCCCCGCCCACCACGCACCUGUCACACCUCACCUGUCCAAACUACACCCCCCAUCCCCCCCAUCCCCCCCCGACUCCUGUGGUUUAAAACGCUGGAAACGGCUGUUGCAUUUACAGUUUUCUCUCUUUGCCUGGAAUGUUCCACCGUGCGGCGUUUUUCAUUCAGACUGAGCCUCUCCACAGAUCUGACCUGUAACUCAGACUGAAGGACCCGUCUGCUUCAGUUUAAUGCCGCACUGCGGGACAUUCCAGGUCCAUGGUGUAAAUUUAAGUUUUAAAAUGCUUCAGGAUCCUUCUGCUGCCGACCCCAAACUCUCCUCUGCACAAAGCUCCUCCCCCUCCUCCCCUCCCCUCCCUCCA